GGGCGGAGCGGGCUCGGGCGCCGCCGCCUCCGCUGGGCUCCCGGGCCGCGGAGCGAGACGGCGGCGGCCGGAGCGGCGCCACAGCAGCCGCGGUGAGCCGCGGCGGCCUCGGAGCAAGAGGGGUCGCCGCUGUCGUCGGCGCAGCGUUUCCUGUCGGGAUUGUCCCGUGCUUCUCCCCAGCCGCCCCCUUCCUCUCCGGCUCCCGCGCUCUCCCGCUCCUCCGCGCGUGGCCCGGGUCGGCGCUGCCCUCGGCCCGGGCGCGGGCCCCCGCCCGGGGUCGCCCCUUGCCUCCCCCCCCGGCCCGCGGGGGCGCCCCGUCGAGACCAUGAGGAAAUUCAACAUCAGGAAGGUGCUGGACGGCCUGACCGCCGGCUCGUCGUCGGCCUCGCAGCAGCAGCCGCAGCAGCACCCGCCUGGGACCCGGGAGCCCGAGAUCCAGGAAACGCUCCAGUCCGAGCACUUCCAGCUCUGCAAGACUGUUCGCCAUGGAUUUCCCUAUCAACCCUCGGCCCUGGCCUUUGAUCCUGUCCAGAAGAUCCUGGCAGUGGGCACUCAGACUGGUGCUUUAAGGCUCUUUGGUCGUCCAGGAGUAGAGUGUUAUUGUCAGCAUGAGAGUGGAGCUGCGGUAAUCCAGCUCCAGUUCCUGAUUAAUGAGGGAGCUCUUGUCAGUGCCUUGGCUGACGACACCUUACAUUUGUGGAAUUUACGUCAAAAGAGACCUGCCAUACUACAUUCACUUAAAUUUUGCAGAGAAAGGGUAACAUUUUGCCAUCUGCCUUUCCAGAGUAAGUGGCUCUAUGUGGGUACCGAGCGAGGUAAUAUCCAUAUUGUCAAUGUGGAGUCCUUCACACUCUCAGGCUACGUCAUUAUGUGGAAUAAAGCCAUUGAACUCUCAUCUAAAUCUCACCCAGGACCUGUCGUCCAUAUAAGUGAUAAUCCGAUGGAUGAAGGAAAGCUUUUGAUUGGCUUUGAAUCUGGAACAGUAGUGUUAUGGGACCUCAAAUCAAAGAAAGCCGACUACAGAUACACGUACGAUGAGGCCAUCCACUCUGUUGCCUGGCAUCACGAAGGGAAACAGUUCAUCUGCAGUCAUUCGGAUGGCACCUUGACCAUAUGGAACGUGAGGUCCUCCGCUAAGCCGGUACAGACAAUCACUCCACAUGGAAAACAGUUAAAGGAUGGGAAGAAGCCAGAACCGUGCAAACCUAUCCUCAAGGUGGAAUUCAAAACGACUAGAUCUGGGGAACCUUUUAUUAUUUUAUCAGGAGGUCUGUCAUAUGAUACUGUAGGAAGAAGACCUUGCUUAACAGUUAUGCAUGGGAAAAGUACUGCAGUGCUAGAAAUGGACUAUUCAAUUGUUGAUUUUCUAACCCUAUGUGAAACACCAUACCCAAAUGAUUUUCAAGAACCAUAUGCUGUGGUUGUUCUUCUAGAAAAGGAUUUAGUACUUAUAGACCUUGCACAAAAUGGGUAUCCUAUAUUUGAAAACCCCUACCCUCUGAGUAUACAUGAAUCCCCUGUGACGUGUUGCGAAUAUUUUGCUGAUUGCCCCGUGGACCUUAUUCCUGCACUUUAUUCUGUUGGAGCUAGACAGAAACGUCAAGGUUACAGCAAAAAGGAAUGGCCCAUCAAUGGAGGUAAUUGGGGCUUGGGUACUCAAAGCUACCCAGAAAUAAUUAUUACAGGGCACGCUGAUGGGUCGGUGAAGUUCUGGGAUGCUUCUGCAGUAACUCUGCAAGUAUUAUAUAAACUGAAGACAUCUAAAGUAUUUGAAAAGUCAAGAAAUAAAGAUGACAGACCAAACACAGACAUUGUAGAUGAAGAUCCGUAUGCCAUUCAGAUCAUCUCCUGGUGUCCAGAAAGUAGAAUGCUGUGCAUAGCCGGAGUUUCGGCUCACGUCAUCAUUUAUAGAUUCAGCAAACAGGAGGUGAUCACAGAAGUCAUUCCGAUGCUUGAAGUCCGAUUGUUAUAUGAGAUAAAUGAUGUGGAAUCCCCAGAGGGUGAGCAGGCACCCCCUUUGCCAACCCCAGUGGGCGGGGCCAAUCCUCAGCCCAUUCCUCCUCAGUCUCAUCCUUCCACCAGUAGCAGUUCAUCUGAUGGGCUUCGUGACAAUGUCCCUUGUUUAAAAGUUAAAAAUUCACCACUUAAACAGUCUCCAGGUUAUCAGACUGAACUAGUUAUUCAGUUGGUGUGGGUGGGUGGAGAGCCACCACAACAAAUAACCAGCCUGGCAGUCAAUUCUUCCUACGGCUUGGUGGUUUUUGGCAAUUGUAAUGGCAUUGCAAUGGUUGACUACCUCCAGAAAGCAGUGCUCCUCAACCUGGGCACUAUUGAAUUAUAUGGCUCCAAUGAUCCUUAUCGGAGAGAACCCCGGUCUCCUCGUAAAUCUCGACAACCCUCAGGAGCAGGUCUGUGCGAUAUCAGUGAAGGGACGGCAGUCCCAGAGGAUCGCUGCAAAUCUCCGACUUCUGGUUCUUCAUCACCACACAAUUCAGAUGAUGAACAAAAAAUGAAUAAUUUUAUAGAAAAGGUGAAGACCAAAAGCAGAAAGUUUUCCAAGAUGGUAGCCAGUGAUAUAGCAAAGAUGUCAAGGAAGUUAAGCUUGCCUACUGACCUAAAGCCUGACUUAGAUAUAAAAGAUAAUUCCUUCAGCCGAUCACGGAGUUCGAGUGUAACCAGCAUUGAUAAAGAGUCCCGAGAAGCGAUCUCUGCUCUUCAUUUCUGUGAAACUUUUACUCGAAAGGCAGAUUCGUCUCCUUCCCCGUGUUUAUGGGUUGGUACCACGUUGGGAACAGUGCUUGUCAUUGCACUGAACCUGCCCCCAGGAGGAGAGCAGAGACUUCUGCAGCCGGUAAUCGUGUCUCCCAGUGGUACUAUAUUGAGGUUAAAAGGGGCGAUCCUGAGAAUGGCAUUCCUGGAUGCCACAGGCUGCCUAGUGCCACCUGCAUAUGAAUCCUGGAGAGAACACAACGUUCCUGAAGAAAAAGACGAAAAGGAGAAAUUGAAAAAACGACGGCCUGUCUCUGUAUCCCCCUCCUCUUCUCAGGAAAUUAGUGAAAACCAGUACGCAGUGAUAUGUUCUGAAAAGCAAGCAAAGGUGAUUUCACUGCCCACUCAGAACUGCGCCUAUAAGCAGAACAUCACAGAGACCUCGUUCGUGCUCCGGGGGGAUGUCGUGGCGAUGAGUAACAGCAUCUGCCUCGCCUGUUUCUGUGCCAACGGACACAUCAUGACCUUUAGUUUGCCAAGUUUAAGGCCUCUAUUGGAUGUGUAUUACUUGCCCCUUACCAAUAUGCGGAUAGCCAGAACGUUCUGCUUCACCAACAAUGGACAAGCAUUGUAUCUUGUUUCACCUACAGAAAUCCAGAGACUCACUUACAGUCAGGAGACCUGUGAAAAUCUUCAGGAGAUGUUGGGCGAGCUCUUCACUCCUGUGGAGACCCCCGAAGCACCAAACAGGGGCUUCUUCAAAGGCUUGUUCGGGGGUGGCGCACAGUCUCUCGAUCGAGAAGAACUCUUUGGAGAAUCAUCCUCUGGAAAGGCUUCAAGGAGUCUUGCACAGCAUAUCCCUGGCCCUGGUGGCAUCGAAGGUGUGAAGGGCGCAGCGUCUGGAGUCGUCGGUGAAUUAGCACGGGCCAGGUUGGCUCUGGAUGAGAGAGGACAGAAACUCGGCGACCUGGAAGAAAGGACUGCAGCCAUGCUGUCCAGUGCGGACGCGUUUUCCAAACAUGCUCAUGAGAUGAUGUUGAAAUACAAAGAUAAGAAGUGGUACCAGUUCUGACAACCAGAAAUCCAAUAAGUCUAACUUCAGCCAGAAGGAAAAAGAAUUUUCCUUUUUUAUUUUACUGAUUUCGCUUUAGGAAAGUUGACGUUAAGGGAUGUUCCUCAGUGGAUGCUGGUCUUUCCCAGCACAAUCAGGCGCUGUUGCACCUCGGUCACGCGGCUUUCCCUGAGGGGUGUUCGCACACUCCACGUGGAGCACACGGCGUGUGCCAGCUCUGAGCUGACAGUUUGGGAACUGAGCGGGUCACAAGUUACAGACGAAGAAGCACAGGGGGACGUUGCGGAGACGUGGCAGGGACCACCCCUGCACCACUCCUGUGUUAAACGUUCAUAUGCCAAAAGAUUCCGUGCUGUUGCGUCUGCCAUCAGUGUUGGACCUCUUUGAGGGAGAGGCAAUAAGUCAGGAGUCCUGGAGCCGAAACAGUUACGUUUGUGUCGUUGACUGAAUUAUAAACAGCUGUCUUGGACUUUCCCUCCCUGAAACUGACUGGUCAUCAGUAUCAUUAGUGAAAAAGAAACAAACUGUUUGUUACCAUAUCUUUAGACAGAUAAGCUGAAUGGUGGGCUUUAAAUAAUAAAAACAUACACAUAGUUGACGUGUGUAUGGGCUA